AUCAUGGCGACGGAGAGGAACAGCAAAGCCCUGAAGGUGAAGCAGGAAUGCGGCGAGAACGUGCCUUUCCUGUCGGACGGCGAGCUCAUGUCGCUGUCUGUCCGCGAGCUCAACCUGCACCUGCGCGGCAUGUCUCGCGAGGAGAUCCAGAAGCUGAAGCAACGCCGCCGCACCUUGAAAAACCGGGGCUACGCCGCCAGCUGCCGGGUCAAGCGGGUGUCCCAGCGCGAGGCCCUGGAGCAGCAGAAAAUGGAGCUCCAGCGGGAGGUGGACCGACUCGGGGCGGAGAACGCCGGCAUGAGGAAAGAGCUGGAGGGCCUGGGGGCCCGCCUGGCCGCGCUGCAGAGGUUCGCCAGGGGCCUGGAGGCCGGAGGGGGCAACCUGCUCGCCACCGCGCCGCGCCUCAACACCGCCUCCGUCAUCACCAUCGUCAAGAGUCCGCCGCAGGCUCAACCGCAGAGGGACCACGAGUCUUCCUAG